AGGUUAAAGUAAAAAAAUGUUGACAUAUGUAUAUGUUUUUUGUUUAGCGUGAUUUUAAAUUAUUGUUAUUAUUAUUUUCUUAUAAAACAAAUUAUUGGAGUCGUAAACAGUCGAAGGACUAACACAUUAUAAGAAGUGAAUCGGAGAUCUCGAUCUAUGGCCUGAUUGGAUUUACUUCAUAUGGCCUCACAUGCACCCCAUGCUUCCCAGGCACGCCGAUCAUUCUACACUCACGACGAGGAUGACAAUCUCACCGAUGAGCAACGCACUCGACGGGCGCGGCUCCAUCGCGUAUUAGUGAUCAUAAAGAUCACAAUAUUUGUCUUGAUAUGGAUAUUCUUUUCAAUAUUUAUGAUAAUAACCCCACCCUAUGAGCCACACGAGAUUGUUGUGUCACUCGAUCCAAAUGAGUUGCGAUCCGUCGAUUUGGCCGAGAAACCAACGGGAAAAUAUAUUUACGUCAAGCUCAAGGGUAAAAUCGACGAGGAUGCCACAUAUCGGUCGAAUAGAGCUGGGAAGAACCAAUCGUAUGUGAUUGUCAGUGCUGCCACCUUUGAUAGUGGCACAAACAGGACCUUAUGGUCAGCCAAAGACUGGAAGGUUUACCUCGAUGACUCGGAAAAGUAUAAGGUCGCUACUGUGAAAAAUAGUUUUAAAAUUGAGGGCUUCGACUCAAAGUCCUUGCGGGCGAUGGAUACGCACCAUGAUGAAUUCGAAGAGGGAGCCGAAGAAAGAGUUAUGCGGGCAAGUGGCGGAUCGGAUAGUCCACUAAAGGUGUCCCUUCUCAAUACGGACGACAAACCAACGGCACUCUCAGUGACUGCAAAUCCCAAUCCUUUGGACGUGAGCCUGGGUGUAAUGUACGCAAUGCUGCUACUGUGCUUCCUGUACGUGCUAAUCAUUUUCGAUAUUGCGGAUCGGACAUUUGCCGCUCUGCUCGCGGCGACAACUGGCAUCGGGAUCCUCUGCAUGCUUGGUGAGCGACCUUCACUCGAGCAAAUUAUUUCAUGGAUCGACAUGGACACUCUUAUGUUGCUCUUUGGAAUGAUGAUCAUGGUGGCCGUGCUCGCCGAGACUGGCGUGUUUGAUUAUAUGUCCGUGUUCGCCUAUCACAUGUCCAAGGGACAGCCGUGGGUGCUCAUCUUUCUACUCUGCAUGCUCACUGUAAUGCUGUCUGCUUUUCUCGAUAAUGUCACUAUCAUCAUGCUGAUGGUGCCCGUCAUCAUUCGCCUCACCGAGUGCAUGGGUCUGCGCACCACGACGGUCCUCAUAACUGUUGCCCUCUUCUCGAAUAUCGGAGGAGCUCUGACACCCGUCGGCGAUCCACCCAAUGUGAUUAUUGCGACGAAUCAAUAUGUCGUUGCCGAGGGUGUCGAUUUCAUCACUUUCGUGGCACACAUGUUUCCCGGAGUAUUCUUUAGCAUUGUUGUCGCUUGGAUCUUCAUAUUCGUGGUGCUGAGACAUCGACUCUUUGUAGGCAGCGACGAGCAGAUGCGGGAGUCCAUCAAGAAUCUAACGAAGACGGCUGCCAAGUUUAAUGAACCCAGGCCCAGUGAAGAGAAGAUGCGUCGCGACAUUUUGCAGCGGAUCGAAGAGCUCAAGGAGCAGUAUCGUCGCAAGGAGGUUGCGAAAACAUUCGGUCUGCAGCCCGCCUCGAAUUUUAUCGAAACGCUCGCAGAAAUGGAAGCCAGGUACAAAAUUAGAAACAAACCAUUGUUAAUCAAAUGUUGCAUUGCCUUGGUAUUUGCCGUGAUCCUCUUUUUAAUGCAUUCGUUGCCCUUUAUGCGUGGUGUGACUCUGGCCUGGGCUGCGAUGCUGGCUGCGAUGCUACUCUUAAUUUUGGCCAACAAGCCAGACAUGGACGCAGUGCUUGAUCAUGUGGAAUGGUCCACGUUGCUCUUCUUUGCCGGCCUUUUUGUUCUUGUGGAAGUCGUUUCCGAGCUGGGUCUCAUCGAAUGGGUGGGUGACCUGACCAUCUUGAUGAUCCAAAGUGUGGGCAAUGAGCAUCGUGUGGUUACAGCAAUCAUGUUGGUAUUGUGGAUCAGCGCAGUGUUCUCGGCCUUUGUCGACAACAUCCCCAUUGUGACAAUGAUGCUCAAGUUGGCCAUCAAGCUGAGUACCAAUGAUGAACUAAAUCUGCCACUAAUGCCACUGAUUUGGGCCAUUUCAAUGGGCGUGUGCUUCGGUGGCAAUGGAACUCUGAUUGCCGCCUCGUCCAAUGUGGUAGCAGCUGGUAUUGCCAAUCAACAUGGAUAUAAAAUCACGUUCAUGGAGUUCUUUAUAUACGGAUUUCCAGUGAUGCUGCUCAGCGAUGUCGUUGCUACCAUCUAUCUGCUGAUAGCCCAUGGUUUGUUCACUUGGCAUUAAAUGCUCGAUGAGAAAACGGUCAUUCAACCCGAGUGGACUUUGUGUUCUGUGUGCCUUCUGUGCCUUGUGUGCUCUGCGACCAGCUGCCAGUUGAGCUGCUCUGACAGGCGAUUUUUUUCAUUUUGCAUCUGCUGUCAGCUGGCCGACGAAACUUUUGCGCGCCUCAAGGAGCAAGGCUCCUCCUGAUAAACUUUAUUAUUUCGCUGAAAACUUUUUAAUGACAAAAUCAAAUCGAAAUCGCACGCCCACAGAAUGUGGUAAUCAAGGGAAUUUAAAAAGAAAUGGCAAGCACAAGAGGACAAAAAUGGUAACGGAGCGGAAACCGUAACGGAACUUCCCAAAAAUGCUAAUGGAAUAAGGCUGAUAAUCGCAAUAAUAGAUAAUUGGAUCUUUAUUAAUGCAAUAGCAAUGCAUUAAAAGUGUUAAACAUGCACACUUGUCCAUGAUGAUUAAUUUUCAAGUAGCAUAAUUAAAUUUCGUGUUUUUGUUCCCAGAGCUCCUUGGCAACCACUACUCAUAAAGUGAAGGAUGCAUCAGUUCAGCAUGUCAAUCCUAUGUCUCAAACUUAUCAGUCCAGUCGGAAAUAUUUGUGUCACAUUCAGCUGAAAAUUAACGCCCUUGAUUUUUUGAGAGACCAGCACUAUGGUAAUACAACAGAAAAUUAAAUUGCAACCACUAAGUAAAUAAAAGACAAACUAAGAAUACUUAAAGUAGGUAAAUAAAUCAGAAGUAAAUUAUAAAUAAAAUGCUUUGUAUAUAACUAAAAGAAUAUAAAUACAAGACCACAAGAAUAUCGUUCGUGGAUAUUGA